CAGUGGGUACUUCUCACCAGAAAGCGCCAAUGGAUCUAGAAGAUGAACUAAAUGAUGAAUUUUUUAUUCAAUCAUCUAAACAAAUACCAUUCUAGAGUAUAACUACUGGGCAAUCAAAUGAAAUGUUCUGAUUUCUGAUGCAGAGAUAUGACCAAGGGAGAGAUGGAGAUGCCAAAUCCUUCAGUUGAUGCAACGUCCAAAGGAGUAGAGAUAGAAAAAGAUGUUGCAGACACAAUUAAGCUGCAAGACUCAGAUGAAAAGAAGAAUAGUGUCCCCUACUACAAGCUUUUCUCAUUUGCUGACACAGCUGAUCUUGUUUUGAUGGUCACUGGUUCAGUUGCAGCUGCAGCAAAUGGGAUCUCAUUACCACUUAUGACAGUUCUUUUUGGGGAACUGAUUAACAUACUUGGGAAGACUACGGAUGUUCAUAUUGUGGUUCAUGAAAUUUCCAAGGUAGCUCUCAAGUUCAUAUACCUGGGCGUGGCAAAUGGUGUGGCAUCAUGCCUCCAGGUGGCAUGCUGGACAACCACUGGGGAAAAACAGGCUGCUCGAAUCCGGAAUCUGUACUUAAAAGCUAUACUGGGACAGGAUAUUUCCUUCUUUGACAAGGAAGCAAAUACAGGAGAGCUCAUUGGAAAGAUAUCAGGUGACACUUAUCUCAUUCAAGAUGCCAUGGGUGAAAAGGUUGGAAAGUUCAUUCAGCUGGUAUCAUCAUUUAUAGGAGGGUUUAUAGUAGCAUUUUUCAAAGGCUGGCAACUUACCCUUGUUAUGUUAUCCGUUAUUCCUCUUGUUGUGCUUGCUGCGGCAGUGAUGGCUAUUGCUAUCACCAAGAUGGCCGCCAAUGCGCAAACAGCAUACUCUGUGGCAGCAGCCACAGUGGAGCAAACUAUUGGCUCCAUUAGAACAGUUGCUUCUUUUACUGGAGAGAAACAGGCUGUAGAAAAAUAUAAUAGAUCUCUAAAGAGUGUUUACAAGGCCAGCGUUCUGGAGGGUUUAGCUGCAGGCUUUGGUUUGGGUGCGACUAUUGGUAUUAUAAUCUGUUCUUAUGGCUUAGGUGUAUGGUUUGGAUCCAAUAUGAUACAGAAAAAAGAUUAUACUGGUGGAGAUGUUAUUAACGUGAUUUUCGCGGUUGUUACUGGUUCCAUGUCUUUAGGCCAGGCAUCUCCAUGUUCAAGCGCAUUUGCAGCAGGAAAAGUGGCAGCAUUCAAGAUGUUUGAAAUAUUCAAUAGGAAGCCUGAGAUAGAUGCAUAUGACACUACUGGAAAAAUUUUGGAUGACAUUAUAGGAAAUCUUGAACUAAGGGAUGUCUGUUUUAGCUAUCCAGCUAGGCCAGAUGAGCAAAUAUUCACUGGACUUUCUCUAAUUAUACCAAGUGGAACGACUGUCGCUUUGGUUGGAGAGAGUGGAAGUGGGAAGUCAACGGUGAUCAGUCUAAUUGAGAGGUUUUAUGAUCCACAAGCUGGUGAAGUUCUUAUAGAUGGAAUAAAUAUCAAGGAGUUUCAGCUCAGAUGGAUCAGAGGAAAAAUUGGAUUAGUUAGUCAGGAACCAGUACUCUUUGCAUCUAGUAUUAGAAAUAACAUUACUUACGGCAAAGAUGAUGCAACUAUUGAAGAAAUCAGAGCUGCACUGGAGCUGGCCAAUGCUUCUAAAUUUAUUGAUAGACUGCCUGAGGGCAUUGACACCUUGGUUGGUGAGCAUGGAACACAGCUCUCUGGGGGACAAAAACAAAGAGUUGCAAUAGCCAGAGCAAUAUUGAAGAACCCACGAAUACUACUAUUAGAUGAAGCCACGAGUGCUCUUGAUGCAGAAUCAGAACAGAUGGUGCAGGAAGCACUAGACAAAGUCAUGAGUAAUCGAACCACUGUCAUAGUUGCUCAUCGCUUGAGUACAGUGAGAAAAGCUGAUAUGAUCACUGUGCUCCAUCAUGGGUCAAUAGUUGAAAAAGGAUCGCAUGAUCAGCUCAUCAAGAAUCCUGAUGGACCGUAUUCUCGACUUACACAAUUGCAGGAUGUGAACCAAGAUUCAGAACAAAAUUCUCUUCCUGAUCAGGGCAAUUUAUCAGUGGCUGUAAAUUUGAGGAAACGAUCAUCUUCCUGGAGAUCAACAAGCUCAUCUGGUGCUAGCAGGAGCCGUCAUUCAUUCUCAGAGUCCUUCAGACUGCCUGCUGGACCUGACAUUCAAGAAAUUACACAGAAGAAACCCAGCCAUGGGGAGUCACCACAGCAUCAUCAGGAAGUGCCUCUCAGCCGCCUUGCUUAUUUGAACAAACCAGAGCUUCCAGUUGUCCUGUUAGGUGUAAUUGCUGCAGUAGUCAGUGGUGUAGUAUUGCCCAUCUUUGGAGUACUGCUCUCCAGUAUAAUUCAUACAUUUUAUGGACCACCAGCAAAUCUCAGGAAGGAUUCUAGGUUCUGGUCGUUGAUGUUUGUAGUCCUUGGUUUGGUGACCGUAGUAUCAAUUCCGGCUAGAGCAUACUUCUUUGCUGUGGCUGGGUCCAGGUUGAUACAGAGGAUCAGGUCAAUGUCAUUUGGUAAGGUUGUUAACAUGGAAAUUGGGUGGUUUGACAAAUCUGAGAACUCCAGUGGAGCAAUUGGAGCAAGGCUUUCAGCAGAUGCAGCUGCAGUUCGGAGUCUUGUUGGUGAUGCACUUGGGCUGAUAACUCAAAAUGCCACUACUUUCAUUGCUGGCCUGGUCAUAGCUGUUGCUGCUUGCUGGCAGCUGGCUUUGCUAAUAGUAGCAUUGGUACCUGUAAUCACGGUUAAUGGAUGGAUCCAGAUGAAACUCAUGAAGGGACUUGAUGCUGAUUUGAAGGUGAAGUAUGAGGAAGCAAGUCAGGUUGCUAGUGAUGCGGUUGGAAGUAUAAGAACGGUUGCUUCUUUCACUGCUGAGGAUAAGGUGCUGGAGCUUUAUCAGAAGAAAUGUGAAGGUCCUAAAAACAUAGUCACAAGGCAAGGGUUGAUUAGUGGAGUGGGCUUUGGGCUGUCCUACUUUUUUCUUUUUUGCGUGUAUGCAACCAGUUUCUAUGUUGGAGCACGACUUAUAGAGGAUGGCAAGACUACGUCCACAGACAUUUUUAAAGUCUUCUUUGUACUUAAUUUUGCGGCAGUAGGGAUUUCCCAGUCAAGCUUCCUAGCACCUGAUGCUAGAAAAGCUAAAUCUGCUACAGCUUCAGUAUUUGCAAUCCUUGAUCAGAAAUCCAGGAUAGAUCCUAGUGAUGAUUCUGGGAUGACCAUACAACUAGUGAAGGGGAAUAUUGAAUUUCAGCAUGUCAGCUUCCGGUAUCCUACAAGGCCAGAUGUCCAGAUUUUCAAGGACCUCUGCUUGGCUGUUCAAUCAGGAAAGACUGUUGCACUGGUUGGAGAGAGUGGAAGUGGGAAAUCAACAGUGGUCUCACUACUUCAGAGGUUCUAUGACCCUGAUUCAGGUCAAAUUUUGCUUGAUGGGUUUGAAAUACAAAAGCUACAACUAAGAUGGCUGAGACAGCAGAUGGGUCUGGUGAGCCAAGAACCAGUUUUGUUCGAUGAUACAAUCCGGGCCAACAUUGCUUAUGGGAAAGGAGGAGAGCCCACAGAGGCAGAAAUUUUAGCUGCUGCUGAGUCAGCUAAUGCGCACCAGUUCAUAAGUGCAUUGCAGCAGGGCUAUGACACUACAGUUGGAGAGAGAGGUGUCCAAUUGUCUGGUGGGCAGAAGCAGCGAGUAGCCAUAGCACGGGCAAUAAUAAAGGAUCCAAAGAUCUUGCUUUUGGAUGAAGCUACAAGUGCACUUGAUGCCGAAUCCGAGCGAGUGGUUCAAGAUGCAUUGGACCGCAUGAUGCUCAACCAGACCACAAUUGUUAUUGCACACCGAUUGUCCACAAUCAGAGGUGCUGAUAUAAUUGCAGUAGUCAAGAAUGGAGUAAUCAUAGAGAAGGGAGAUCAUGAGGCCUUGAUUGGCAUCAAGAAUGGGGCCUAUGCCUCUCUUGUUUCAUUGCACAAAUGCUAAUAUUUCGUUGCAGAUUUUCAUUUCUAGUCUCUUGUGAGAGAUGAAUACUUUUACUGGUUUGAAUGCCUAACCUUGAUGCCAUUUGACAUCUUUUGAAGGGUGAAGACUCCUAUGUAUGUGGAAGCUCCUAUUUUUAAAGCAACUACCAGCAAUAUAAUGAAGCCUUUUUC